AUGGCUACUGCAAGACUAAACGCUGUUCUAGCUCAGCUCAAGCCUGCUUCUGGCGGAAGCAGCGCUGUUCAGAAAAUUACCCAGAAGAACCCCGAUGACGUUGUCAUUACCCUUGCCGCACGAACCCCCAUGGCCCGAGGCUUCAAGGGAAGCUUCAAGGAUACGGAACUCGAUUAUAUCGUAUACUCUCUUUUGAAGGAAGUGGUCUCUCGCUCCAAGCUAGACCCAACCGUCAUAGAGGAUGUUGUCAUGGGAUGCUCGAACAACGAACGCGCAUCCAGCAUCAUCCGUGCUGCCUCUCUCGCUGCUGGAAUUCCCUAUACAUCCGGUGCCUCAGCCGUCAGCCGAUUCUGCUCUUCCGGCCUCUAUUCCAUCCAAGAUGUUGCCAACCAGAUCUCCAAUGGAUCCAUUGAGAUCGGUAUCGCCGUUGGUGCUGAGUCCAUGACCAAGGGUCCCACCGGAAAGCCCGCUCCAUUUGCACCUGAAGUUCUCGCCAACCAGGAUGCUGCCGACUGCUCUCAGCCUAUGGGUCAGACAUCCGAGAAUGUUGGUGCUGACUUUAACAUUUCGCGUGAGGCUCAGGACCGAUAUGCCGUUGAGUCCUUCCGUCGUGCGGAAGUUGCACAGAAGGCUGGGAAUUUUGUCAACGAGAUCAUUCCAGUUACUACCAAGGUCAAGGACCCUAAGACUGGAGAGGUUAAGCAGGUCACUGUGACCAAGGAUGAAGGUCCAAGAUACGGAACUACCUACGAGGCAUUGAGCAAGAUUCGCCCAGCCUUCCCUCAGUUCGGUAACAGAACUACCGGUGGUAACGCCAGUCAAAUUACUGACGGAGCCGCUGCUGUUCUUCUUAUGAAGCGUUCCAAGGCUGAAGAACUCGGCCAGCCCAUCAUCGGCAAAUUUGUCGGUGCUACCGUUGCCGGUGUCCCUCCACGCAUCAUGGGAAUUGGCCCAUCUAUUGCAAUCCCCAAGCUCCUCUCCAAGUUCAACCUCCGCAAGGAAGAUGUUGAUAUCUUUGAGAUCAACGAGGCUUUUGCUUCCAUGGCUGUCUACUGCAUCAAUACCCUCGGCCUUGACCACGCUAAGGUUAACCCCUGCGGAGGUGCCAUUGCCCUCGGCCACCCACUUGGCUGCACAGGUACAAGACAAGUUUGCACUAUCAUGAACGAGGCAAAGAGACAAAACGCAAAGAUCCUGGUUACCAGUAUGUGCAUUGGAACUGGACAAGGAAUGGCUGGUUUGUUUGUUAAUGAGCAGUAA